GGUGGCCUGAGUAAAUAACUAGACCAGUGAUGACUUCAUUUAACUAUAUGGUCAAUCAAAUACAGUAUGGGAUAUGUAUACGGUACUGAUCUUACUAGCGCUAACAGUUACAUAAGACUUCUUUGUGCGACAGUCUAGAAUUUGCAAAUAAUAUCUUUCGGUGUGGUAAAAUAGUUCUGAGUAUGCACUUACACGUGAGCACUGAAGUUUGCCAACCAUAUGCUUAACAUUUACUUCGUGUUUUACAGUUAUCCAAAAGGAAAAACUGAGAAGCAGUUGAUGCAAGAAAUCGAAACUGGUCCUUCUCUUAAACCUACUGAAACAAAAGAAAAAAAUCCCCUUCCUACCAAAGAAGAUAUAGCAGCAGAGAAAGCGACCAGAUAG